CCCUGUUUCUUUCAGCUGAGUAAGACGCCUUUGGACAAUGAUGGCCAUGAAGAUCGCUCUGCUGUUGCUGUCCCUGUUCCUGGCUGUGGUGCUGGGAGAGAAGGAAGAGGGCCACUUUCAUUCUCUCCCUUCCAUAUUCCUCAGAUUUCACCCUAAAAUCAGUGGCCCCUGGUCUCGAGGGGCUAGAUAUGCUGAAGGGACUUUAUUCAGUGACUACAGUAUCGCCAUGGACAAGAUCCGCCAACAAGACUUUGUGAACUGGCUGCUGGCUCAGAAGGGGAAGAAGAAUGAUUGGAAACAUAAUCUCACCCAGAGGGAGGCUGGAGCCUUGGAGCUGGCACAUCAAUCUAACAGGAAGGAGGAGUCGGAGGGGCCACAGGGCAUCUCACACAAGGACCUCAGUAAUGAAGACUUGCUGAAAGAUUUACUGAUUCAAGAGCUGCUAGCCUGGAUGGUGGAUCAAACAAAGCUCUGCAGGCUCAGGUGA